AUGUCGGAGAGCGCGGAGGGUCCCGCGGGGGGUCGCAGCCCCCCAGACUCCCCCACCCGGGGCUCCGCCGCCGAGCCGCGGAUCAUCAAAGUCACUGUGAAGACUCCCAAAGAGAAAGAGGAGUUUGCCGUGUCUGAAACAAGCAGCAUCCGGCAGUUCAAGGAAGAAAUCUCUAAGCGUUUCAAGUCACACACUGAUCAGCUUGUGUUGAUAUUUGCUGGAAAAAUUUUAAAAGAUCAAGAUACUUUGACUCAGCAUGGAAUUCACGAUGGACUCACUGUUCACCUGGUUAUCAAAACACAAAACAGAUCACAAGACCACCCAGCUCAACAAGCAAACACCACUGGGAGUACUGCUACCACAUCAACAUCAAACAUUAGUACCUCAACACCAGCUUCAACGAAUAGUAACCCUUUUGGCUUUGGUGGCCUUGGAGGUUUGGCUGGUCUGAGUAGCUUGGGCCUAAAUACAUCAAACUUUUCAGAGUUGCAAAGUCAGAUGCAACGACAACUGAUGUCCAACCCAGAAAUGAUGGUUCAGAUAAUGGAAAAUCCAUUUGUUCAGAGCAUGCUUUCAAAUCCUGACCUGAUGAGGCAGUUAAUUAUGGCUAACCCUCAAAUGCAGCAACUGAUACAGAGAAAUCCAGAAAUCAGUCACAUGCUGAAUAAUCCAGAUAUAAUGAGACAGACACUAGAACUUGCUAGAAACCCAGCAAUGAUGCAGGAAAUGAUGCGAAACCAAGACCGAGCCUUGAGCAAUCUUGAAAGUAUACCAGGUGGAUACAAUGCCUUGCGACGUAUGUACACGGAUAUUCAGGAGCCAAUGCUGAAUGCAGCACAGGAACAGUUUGGAGGUAACCCAUUUGCUUCUUUAGUAAGCAAUGCAUCAACAGGAGGGGACAGUCAGCCAUCUCGUACAGAAAAUAGAGAUCCUCUACCAAAUCCCUGGGCUCCUCAGUCCAGCUCGCCAACUUCCACAAGUACCAGCACAAGUGGUGAGAGUGGUGGCAGUAGUAGUGCUGGAAAUAGCACCUCUGGCAAUACAGGACAGAGUUCAACUGUACCAAAUGUGGGAACUGGACUAGGAGCUGGUAUGUUCAACACACCAGGAAUGCAGAGCUUAUUACAGCAGAUAACAGAAAACCCACAGCUUAUGCAGAAUAUGUUGUCUGCACCGUAUAUGAGGAGCAUGAUGCAGUCAUUAAGCCAAAAUCCUGAUCUUGCAGUACAGAUGAUGUUGAAUAAUCCUUUAUUUGCUGGAAAUCCUCAACUUCAGGAACAGAUGAGGCAACAGCUUCCAACUUUCCUUCAGCAAAUGCAGAAUCCUGACACGUUAUCAGCUAUGUCAAAUCCUAGAGCAAUGCAGGCUUUGCUACAGAUUCAGCAGGGCUUGCAGACACUAGCAACGGAAGCACCUGGGCUUAUACCAGGAUUUAAUCCUGGUUUAGGUGGAUUGGGAAGCACUGGAGCUUCUACAGGGUCCACUGUACCUAGUUCUGUUCCCAGUGAAAAUACAAAUCCAGCAUCAGGAGCUGCUGAACCUGGUCACCAGCAGUUUGUCCAGCAAAUGUUGCAGGCACUUGCUGGUGCGAAUGCUCAGCAGUUACAAAAUCCAGAAGUUCGAUUUCAGCAACAACUGGAGCAGCUGAGUGCAAUGGGAUUUCUGAACCGUGAAGCAAACUUACAAGCGCUAAUAGCAACAGGAGGAGACAUCAAUGCAGCUAUUGAAAGGCUGCUUGGCUCUCAGCCUUCAUAGCAGUGUUUCUUUAACUUGAAAAAAUGUAAUUUAUUUUUGAUAACAGCUCUUAAAUCUUUAAAAUAUUUGCUUUAUUUCAUUCUGACUCCUGGGAUUGUCUUGUAACUAAAAUUGGUCUGAUGAAUUUUAAGGUGGAGUGCAGUAGUUUUCUUCAAACAGCGGGAAUCAAUUAAUUUUCAUUCUGUUGCAUGCAUCACACUACUUUUGUUCUGCAUUAUUUGUGAUUUUUCUGAACAGUAUCAGCUUUCACAGGUGGGUUAACAGGGUUUUUUUCUGACCUACAACUGUACAAUUUAUUUACUACUUAAACAUUAGCUUUUAGUAGUAAUUUAUGUAGAAUACAAAUUAAAAAGGAAACAAAUUAAUUGAAGCUACAAUUUGUGGGUACCAAUACUGCUUAUUGUGAUUUUGGCAUGUAUUUUUUUGCUAGCAAAAUGCUGAAGGAUUUAUACCACUUGAGUAAUCCACCAUUUUUGCUUUAAUUUGUAUAAACACAAUAUAUACAGUGGAGAGAGCUCAUUUAUAGAGACUUACACAUUGCAAUAGAAUGAGAUAAGUAAUGCAAAAAAGCCAGGGGG